AUGUCUUGGAAUAACAACGACGCUUGGGGAGGUGGUGCCCACACCGCCGCUUCCGGCAAUUGGGGAGCCGAGGAGACUACCGGUGCCAGUGGCAACUGGGGUAGUGGUGCAAAAGCUGAAAGCACUGACAAUUGGGGAGGAGGUGACGCAUCUGGCUUCGGAAAUGACGAGAACCAGAAUCCCGGUGAUGACAGAGAACGAGACAACAAGUGCCGCAACUGCGGUGAAGAGGGCCACUUCGCCCGUGAGUGCCCAGAACCUCGAAAGCCUCGUGAAGGAAUGGCUUGCUUCAACUGCGGCGAGGAAGGCCACACGAAGGCUGAGUGUACCAAGCCUCGUGUGUUCAAGGGACCCUGCCGCAUCUGUAGCCAGGAGGGACACCCUGCUGCUGAGUGCCCGGACCGCCCGCCUGACGUGUGCAAGAACUGCCAGGAAGAAGGACACAAAGCUGCGGAAUGCAAAGCAAACCGCAAGUUCGACCUAAACAAGAUCCCGGACAUGCUUCCCGAGCAGGCGUGGGAAAUGCUCAAGAAGGCCAGCAAUGAUCGCGACCUUGAAGACUUUCGUGAGGGAUUGAAGAUCUACUCGAAGGCUGUUCCUGACGCCAGCUUUGCGGAUGUCGAGACAAAGAUGCGUCAAGAGUCCUUCAACAUCUACCUCAUCGCUAUGAACCGGGAGACGGCUGAUUGCAUCAGUCUCAUCGAUCUUCAAGGAAAGCUCAACUGCACGUACGUUGUUGGGUUUUUUUACUCUCCCAAACCCCAACGAGCGAAUCUUCGUGAGCGUUGGCCUUCCUCCGUCGAGGAAAAUCUUGAGCGUCUCCAAGACGCCGGCCUCCCUUAUGACCGCCAGAUCCCCAAGUGUGGGAACUGUGGUGAAAUGGGCCAUACCUCUCGCGGAUGCAAGGAGGAACGUGCCGUUAUUGAACGCGUCGAAGUGAAGUGCGUCAACUGCAAUGAGCCUGGACACCGAGCUCGUGACUGCCAGCAGCCCCGUGUGGACAAGUUCGCGUGCCGUAACUGCGGCUCCUCGGACCACAAAGCCUCUGAGUGCCCCAACCCUCGCUCCGCUGAAGGGGUUGAGUGCAAACGCUGCGGAGAGAUGGGACAUUUUGCAAAGGAUUGCCCUCAGAAUGAUGCGCCUAGGACCUGCCGCAAUUGCGGGUCUGAGGAUCAUAUGGCACGCGACUGCGACAAGCCUCGCGACGUCUCGACUGUAACUUGCCGUAACUGUGACCAACUCGGUCAUUUCAGCCGUGACUGCCCCGAAAAGAAGGAUUGGUCGAAGGUAAAGUGCAACAACUGUGGCGAAAUGGGCCACACAAUCAAACGCUGCCCUCAGGCAGAGUCCGGCGAUAAUGGAGGCGACGGCGGCUUUGGCGGCAACCAAGACAGUAGCUGGGACACCGGAAACGACAACGCCCACGUGGAGACCCAAGCAGACAAUGGCAAUUGGAACUCCGGCGGCGGCACCCAGGGCUGGUAG